AAAGAACCGUAGAAGAAGAAGUGUGUGUGUUGGCUGUUUGUGGUAGCCAUGCUCCUAACUAGCUAGUUUAUGUUAAACAGAAAAUCCAUGUAUCUUAGUAUUUAACGUCAGAAAGAAGAGACCCACACGGAGGUCGGGGAUGUCACGGUAAAGGUGACACCAUGCUCCUGGAGCCCGCAGCAGCUGAAGAUUGACGUGUUUGACAGAGAAGUUGCCGUGACUGCUGCUGUCAUGGGAACGACGAUGAGCGAGCCGUGCAUCUACGACAAACUGUCCGAGAGCAUCGACAUCCUCCGCCAGUCGGGCUACCGCUACGGCAUGUCGGAGAGGGAGAUCGAGAGGUUCAUCAAGCAGGUCCUGGAGACCAACGAGCCCAGGAGAGAGCCUCCCCAGUUCCCCAUCCUGAGAGCCACCAUCAAGUUUGUGGUGGCAGUGGGCUUCCUGCUGGUGGUGGUGCUGGCCUUCACGUACCCUCAGAGAGCCCCCCAGCUGGGUCUGGUCAACCUGGGCUGUUGCAACUGGUCGUCCCCCCUCAGCCACGUCCGCCUGCUGUCCCUGCCCAUCGCCAAGAAGUACAAUCUGCAAGGUUUCCAUGAAUGGUGGAGUGCCGGCUCUCUCAGGCAGAAUCUGGUCAACUGUUCGGGCUGUGCAGAGAUCUCCUCAGUGAUGGAAGUCCCAGAGAGCCUCAGAGGGACGGUGGCGCUGCGACGGGGGCCGCAGCUCGUCCUGCUGAAGGGUGGGGAGUCUCUCAGCGUCCAGCGACAGCAGCUCGAGGAGCUCUACUUGGCUCAUUCAGGCUCCAUGUCCAUUCUGCUGGAGGAGGACGACGGUCUGCAGAACCACAACCUCGGACUCCCCCAAGGACCCGCCAACUUCACGCUGUUCUGGAGGUUCAGCUCUGGGACCAGAGAGAAGGUGUUGAGGUGGCUCUUCCCGAAGGCUGAGCUCUGCCCCCUGCUGGACAGCGCUGGGACCAUCGUGCAGCGCUGCCUGGUCACCCACAGCACAAACUCUCAGAGCAAGGGUGUCGGGGUGUUUGGCUGGCUGGUGGUCGGCGAGGGUCUUCCAACAGUUCGAGUUCUGCCUGUUCAGCGCUGUCAGAAACACUGCAGCUCCUUCAACCUGUGGCUGACUCCUGGAGACAUGGUGUACGCUGACCCUCGGUACUGGCAGAUGGAGCUGUUCCCCGGCCGAGGCCAGAACAUCAUCUGUGACGGAUCAGCAUUUUAAGCUUCAGGCGGAGCAAAGUGAAGAAGAGUUCAGGAACACGUAGAUCGGCUGUGAAUGUCGGAGCUCGCCGGCCUCUUCCGUGGCCACAAAGAUGCCUUAUAACCCCCGGCCUUUUUUCUGACGCCCCGCCCGUCUGAUAAUCCUCCCAGCGUCCUCAAAGAACUGGAGACCACUGAACACAUGACUUCAGUUUGGAAAAAGGGAUUCUCCUGCAGGUUUUAAGGAUUGAGGAAUGACUUUUUGACUUUGUCCUCGUGUGGAACAGCAAAUCUUUAAACUGUGCUGCAGCUCUCAGAUGUUCUGGAUGUGCUCGUGCCAUAGCUUCAAGCAGAUCUCUAGCAAUUAAACAAAAACAAUUCAUCAAAUCAUUGGGUGUGUCUCUCUCAGAAGGUGGUGAAACACAGAGUGCAUGUGCAUUACACUGACCUCUGCAUCACGGCCACAUCUGAUGUGUUCACUGUCAACUUGUAAAACAAGGACACGACGUAUAAAGAGAACUGGAUACAGCGUUGGAGGCGAAAGUCAAUAAGGUUUGACUUCUGAGAAUAAAGUUCCCCUGAUCUUCUGUGAGCCCAUUCCUUUACCCCCCCUCCUGUCAAACUUUAGAGUGACCCCCCCCCCCCAAAGGAAAUGUAACAAUUACAAACAUUCUUUAAAUAGUCGAGAAUAGAAACUCAGAACAUGAAGAGAAGCCACGUCAGUCUGAUGAUCAGGGAACCUGCUGCGUACAAGGUGCACAGGGCGUUUGUUCAGUCAGUGAACACGCACUUUUUGCAGUGCAUUCUGGGAACUUGAUGAUUUGUGAUUUUCGGCAUCUGGAGUUGCUGGACUUCCACCACCUCCUGUAGUUCUGAGACACACCUGCAGCUCCACCUGCAGCUCCACCUUCUGCUUUUCAUCUGCUCUUCAUCUGCUCUUCAUCUGCUCUUCAUCUGCUCUUCAUCUGGUUCUUGCCCCGAUGUUAAAGGGCCAGUUCACCCAAGUUACAAAACUAUUGAACGCACUCUACCUAAUAAUUUACUAAAAUAAUUGUGACAUUCAAAAGCAGCACUUUAACGUCUCACUCUGCCAGCUGUCAUUUGUCCUCGACUGAACCGGAGUAAACCUUUUGCUGUUUGAUGAGACGAUAAUAAACUACGUUGUUAAAAAUCGCAACGUUCAUAAAAACUGCAAUCUUUUAAAUUGUGAUUGGAUUGUAAAGUUUCUACCUCUCGUGUGUUCUGUGCAGCAUCCAGAGGGACGGGGGGGGGGGGGCACGGGCACGCUGUCUAAAUAAGAUGUUGCUGUUGAAUGUUUAAAGCACAUCUGAAGUAGUUUGUUUGACCUGUUGGUGUGGGGGCAGAGAUCUCAAAGCAAACGGACUGGAGUAAUACUGGUGAACAUGGAUUUGGGUGAACUGUUCCUUUACGACCAGUUACUUCUGACGUUUGUUUCCAUUCUUUCCGUUUAUCAGGAUCACAUUUUCUUUUUAAUUAGUUUCAUUGAUUUUAUUCAGUUUUAUGAGAAAAUUAAAACUUGUCAUGUA